ACUCCCAGUUCUUGCUCCUCCCUCUCCAGUAUGGUGCAUCCCCGUCCCUUCCGAGGAUCUUGGCGCCGCCCAAACCCUAGUCUCCCCGGCCGUCCCCCGCUCCAAACCCACUACUCCCAAGGGUAGCAAUGGCGAGGCGAAGCAAAGGCGGCGGCGCGGAGGCAAAGGGAUUCGCGAUGCGAGCGGUCUGGCGCUGGGGGGCGGUGCGGCUCGUGCUCGUCUCCGCUAUCGCCUGGGCGCUGCUCGUCCUCCUCGCCCUCGUCUUCCACAUCUGGUCCUGCACCUCCUCCGUCUCCUUCCUCUCAGCUCUCUGUAAAAACGACAGUAAAGUUCUCUACGCUUUGGACCCGACAGGUCUCUCGUCGAAACCACUUCACCGUUGCUCGAUACCCAUCGCAGAUGAUCCAGAUGCAGUUGUGAUUCCAAAGAGGACUCCCAACGCGAUCGUAAAAAAACUGUCGUUCAUAACAGUUGACGAACAGGACAAAGAUUCUCCGCCGCUGUUUGGAGGACGCCAAAGCUGGAAACAGAGAGAGGAAAGCUUUAAACUGAAUGCUACCAUGAAGGUGCACUGUGGAUUUAUGAAGAACAGCGGUGCGGACAUGGAUGAUGUCGACAUGGAGUAUAUACAGAAAUGCAAAUUUGUGGUUGCCUCUGGUAUUUUUGAUGGUUACGACGUUCCUCAUCAGCCAUCAAAUGUUAGCCUUCGCUCUCAAAAGCUGUUCUGCUUCUUAAUGGUGGUCGACGAGGUAUCCCUUGACUUCAUUGAAAAUAACAUCACUGUCAAAGUCGACGGUGCAGGGGGGAAAUGGGUUGGUAUAUGGCGACUUAUAACGUUGCACCACCUUCCAUUUGAUGAACCAAGAAGAAACGGAAAAGUGCCAAAGAUAUUGACGCAUAGACUAUUUCCUCGAGCUUGGUAUAGCAUUUGGAUUGAUGGGAAAAUGGAGCUUAUGGUUGAUCCGCUGCUUAUUCUUGAAAGAUACCUCUGGAGGGGAAAAUACUCAUUUGCAGCAGCUGUCCAUAAGCAUCAUAGGAGCAUAUAUGAGGAGGGUGAUGCAAUCAAACGGAGGAAGCGAUAUGCUCGGCCUUUGGUUGAUCUUCAGCUGAAGAUAUACUAUCACGAGGGGAUGGAGCCUUGGGACGCAAAGAAAAGGAUGCCUAGUGAUGUGCCAGAGGGAGCGGUGCUGGUCAGGGAGCACACAACGGUAACUGAUCUAUUCAGCUGCCUCUGGUUCAACGAAGUCAAUCUUUUCACGCCCCGUGACCAGCUCAGCUUCGGCUACGUGGCUUAUCGGCUCGGAGACGCUCCUAAAUUCUUCAUGUUCCCAAACUGCGAGUACAACUCGUUGUUUGUCUUGCACAGACACACAAGGGAGCACUCGUCGAAGGUCGAGUGGGCUAAAACGGUCGAUGAGAUUGUGAAGAAGGGGUUGAAGGAGAGCAGGGGAGGACUAGGACUGUGGACUCCGUAUCCCACAGACCUUGGCUCUCUCGAUCUCCCCGCUGUAAAAAGAACUUAUCAGGCAGGCUAGGCAGGCUGGAAAAAUGUUUGGUGACUGCAAAGUAGAAUCCGUAGUUUGCUGUAGAUUCUGCUGCGGAUGGAUUCACUAUAGGCUAGUUUUUGGAGGUCUGUUGCUUCCAGUUCCGUGCCGAAUUUCUAAGAAAAAGCUGUAAUUAUGUGUACAAAAUUAUGGACUGGAGCUGAUCGAUUCUAGUGACUAA